AUGGCCCAAAUAGAUGUGUUAUCCCUACCUGCUGCAGAUGUUGAUCUAGCCCAGCAGUGGGCAAUAAUGGGCCCACAGAUUGGAGGUGGUCCACCAGGGUUAGCACCUGGCAAGCUGCAACUGCUAUAUUUACCUGUAUCUCUGCAAGUAGUCAUUCGCCGGCUUCCUCCUUGUCUAACCAAGGAGCAACUAGAAGAGCAGCUACAUCCACUACCUGCACAUGAUUAUUUUGAAUUUUGUACUGCUGAUCCCAGUCUUUAUCCUCAUCUCUACUCAAGAGCAUACAUUAAUUUUAGAAAUCCUGAUGACAUCCUUCUUUUUAGAGAUCGCUUUGAUGGCUAUGUCUUCAUUGAUAAUAAAGGACUUCAGAAGAGCUUGGAAUAUCCUGCUGUGGUGGAAUUUGCUCCGUUCCAAAAGAUUUCAAAAAAGAAGCUAAAGAAAAAAGAUGCAAAAGCUGGAAGCAUUGAAGAUGAUCCAGAAUAUAGGAAAUUUUUAGAAAGUUACUGUGCUGAUGAAGAGAAAAUCUGUGCUAACCCUGAGAUUCUGUUGGGAGAGAUUGAAGCAAAAACAAGGGAACUCAUUGCUAGAAGAACAACACCUCUUUUGGAAUAUAUUAAAAAUAGAAAAUUAGAAAAGCAGAGGAUACGAGAAGAAAAAAGGGAAGAACGAAGGAGGAGAGAAUUGGAAAAGAAACGUCUGCGAGAGGAAGAGAAAAGAAAGCGCAGAGAGGAAGAAAGACGUAAAAGAAAAGAAGCAGAGAAGCAAAAGAAAAUUGCUGAAAAAGAAAUAAGGAUCAAGCUUCUUAAAAAGCCUGAAAAAGGUGAUGAUCUGAUCGGUGAAAUGAAUAAGGAAAAAGGAGAAGAAGCUGAUAUUGAAGAAAGCAAAUGGGAAAAAUCACCUGGAUCAGGGAGUAUAAAACCCAAGCCAUUGGAAGGUUCACCAAAGGAACCUAAGGAAAAGUCACAAAAUGAUAGUGAUAAAGAGCAAAUGGAUUUGGAGAGAAGAUUUCGAGAAAAAGAACUUGAAAGACAAAGAUACCGGUUGGAUGAUGGCAGAAAGCAUAGAGCUCACUAUGAGUUUGACAAGUUUAUGAGACGGAAUGAAGAAGAGCUGAAAUGGGGGAAAGGAUACAGCCAAGAGAGAGGGAAGAAAGGGAACCACAACUACAGCUUCACUGUGGAGGCCGUAGACAAACUGGGUAAAGAGGACAAGUGUGAUGACAUGGCAUCCAAAAAGGAGCGCAUAAGAAAUAAGGAUCGUCCAGCCAUGCAGUUAUACCAGCCAGGAGCUCGCAUUCGAACACAUACGGGAUCUACAAGUAAAAUCUCUGACUGCCCUGGAAAGUCCUCUGAAGAUGCCUGUGAUAGAAAGUAUGAGGUAGAUAAUUCAACUGGAGGGGGUUCUGAGAAGAGUGAAGAAGCAGAAUGAAAUAAUGGGUAGAAAACUUGUGAAAAAAUGAAUUUAAGAUUUAAUUUUCGCACAAAAUACAUAAGACCACUUCAGAAUUCCACAGGUUGGACCAACAAAAUUUGAAUACAUCUAUUCUUGUUCUUUAAAAUGAAUAAAAUGAUGAUCAGAGGCAUAAAAACAAUGUAAAAGAAAUUCAGUUGCUUUUCUACAAAAAAUAGAUGCAAGCACUGUUUAACUAGUUUAGUAUUGAUCCAGUAUUUUAGGAAAUUUACGUUUAGCUAGAAAACCUCUAUUAGUUUUAAACCAAUAUUUAUACAAAACUUGCCAGAAAAUAUUUCACUUACUCUUGCCUAUUAAAUUGAGACAAAUAAAGAAAUGUAGAAUUGCAUCAGUGUAAAAUCUGAGGCACUUUAAAUGGGUUCUGUUAAUGGCAUUGACUACCUAGGACCCAAUCCUGCAAACACCACUAGGCAUAAUGCUUACUACAGAGACUAGUACUGUUGAAGUCAAAGGGACAAAACCCAGCAUAAGCACUGUCACCAGUAAUAUUUAUAGGAUCAGGCCCAUAGUUUGCCAUUGUUUGUUGGUAUCCAUACCUCAUUAUGUUUACAUUGUUUUUCAAUUAACUAUAGUGUCAGAUAAGUGUGAGUAAAUGCUACAAUAUGUUAUAACAUUGGUCAUUCUCUUAACCACUUUUGCCUUUAUGUCUAAUAUAUUCCUGUGUUUAAAACCGAAAAAAUAACACAAAUCUCUGCACUUAAACACAAUAUGUGGUUUUACUAAAAUUGCAUUUUUUUAGUUUUGUUUCCAGUAUUGACUUUUUAAAAAACAAUUCUACGGUGAUUACUUUUUAUAUGUUAAAUGUUUCACAUAAAUUGCAUUUGCAGGAUUUGGAAUAUGUAUGAUAUAUAUGUUAUAAAAUAUAAUUUGUUUGGGGGGAACCCCCCCCCCCACACACACAGCAGUUCCAACUUUUCAUUUUGCAGACCUAAGCCAAAUUCCGGCCUCUGAUGCAUGCUUAUCGCUUCCAGUGCCGUCAGAGACAGAUAUAUGUCCAUCCAAGAACAAAAUAUGUCUCAUUAUUAGUUGUCUUUUCAACUGAUGCACUUUUCAGUUGUUUGAAACCAAGAUCUGCUUGAUCAAUAAAGUUAAAUAUUAGGAUGUUUGUUUAAUUUUUGACAUCCCAGUUUGAAGAUUUUAUUAUGAAGCGUAACAUCUGAUUGUUCUAAACUAAAAAAAAUUGUAUUUUCCCAAACAUUAAACAUAAUAAAAAGUAAAAAUACUUU